UCCUGAUGACCACACGAGAGAAAGAUGUGGCCGAAUAUGCAAGCUCAAGUAAGUCUAUUCAUACCAAGUGUUUUCUAAACUCAAAGGAAAGUUGGGAUUUAUUUGAGACAAAGGUAUUUGAAGGGAAACAUGUUCACAUCCCUGAAUUAGAGACUAUAGGGGAAAAUAUUGUUGUGAAAUGUCAGGGAUUGCCACUGGCCAUUGUUGUCAUGGCUGGACUUCUUCAUGCACUCGACAAGUCAGUAGAAGCAUGGGGUGAUGUUGUAAAGAAUAUGAAUUCUUUGGAUGACUGUUUAGGACUGCUUUCUUUGAGUUACAACUACUUGCCUAGUCACUUGAAGGCUUGUUUCCUCUAUUUCGGAGUUUUUCCAGAAGAUAGGGACAUUCUUGCGACCAAGUUGAUCAACUUGUGGGUUGCAGAGGGAUUUUUAAAGAAGGAGAAACAGAUGACUAAGAGUUUGGAAGAAGUGGCAGAGAGUUACUUGCACAAUCUUAUCAAUCGAAAUCUAGUGCAAGUCAGCCAGCAGAGUUUUGAUGGCAAAAUCAAGUCAUGUAAGCUUCAUGAUAUGUUGCAUGACAUAUCUGUGAAAGAAGCUAGAAGGGGGAAACUUCUGAGUGUAAGAAAACAAUCCCAAUCAGCAGAGAGUUGUCGUUGGAUUAGUUGUAAAUCAACUAAUUGGCCUACUUGUGACGGAACUCAUUCUAUUCUCUACUUCGGUGAAGAUGUGUACCUCUCGAAGCGCAACUUGGUAUUCUCAUGUAUGAAGUUGCUGAGAGUGUUGGACUUAUCAUUAAUAAAAUGUUGGCAUGGCGCGCCUAGUGAAAUUGUGGAGUUAGUUCAUCUUAGAUACUUGGCUUUGACGACUGUGGGCUCUCUGGACAAAUUUCAAAUGUUUAAGCUUCGAAAUUUGUAGACUCUAAUUAUUUGUUCAUGGAGGGAAGAAUGUUGUUUGCAAUUGCCACGGGAUAUUUUGGAUUUACCACGGUUAAGGCAUGCACACCUUGACAAGAGAGCCACGGUAUACCUCCCAAAUGUGAUUCAGGAAAGCAUACAAACUCUGUUUUGGUUGAAAGUUAAUGGCCGGGUCCCAAGAACAACCGAUUUUGCAAUGGUCCCAAACUUGAAGGAACUUGGGGUUUACAUUGACAAUGAUUUGCCACCAGGUGCUUUUGACAGUCUUGUUCAUCUGCGUUUGCUUGAGAGAUUGAAAUUUGAAAGGAGAAAUGUGGAGGGCUUUUAUCUUCCAACCGCUCUGCCUCAAAACCUUAAGAAGUUCACACUUUGUAAUACUUAUCUUUCGUGGGAGGACAUGGACAUUAUUGGAAGAUUGCCAAAUCUCGAGGUGCUAAAACUGAAAGAGUUUGCCUUCUCUGGUCCAAAGUGGGAACCAGCAGAUGAUGAUGGGUUUAAGGGAUUAAAGCUCUUACUUAUUGCACGCUCAGAUCUCAAAUGCUGGAAUACAACUGAUGGUCAUUUCGCGGUCUUGGAACGCUUAAUCCUAAGAUUUUGCUUGGACUUGGAAGAACUUCCAAGUGAAUUUGCCAAUUUAAAUACACUACGACUAAUUGAGUUAGAAAAUUGUUAUCCUAUUCUGGUGGAAUCUGCAAAGAAGAUUCAAGAAGAGAAAGAGAGCUAUGGUUACGAGGCACUUGUUAUUCGUGAUCUUGGAGCUAAGAUUAAAUUGCCAACGAAGGAAAGCUGUGAAGAUGCAUGAAAGUGAAUCCUCUGAAGAAAAUGAAAGUGAAUGAGGAGUUUGAUGAUGUUGCGGGCGUUUGAGGAGAACUGGUUAAAGCCGAGGAGGUAUGCCCUGCCGAAUGAAUAUCUACUGAUGUGAGCCUAAAACCAAACAUUGCUUUUGAUAAUCUCUAGAGCUUUGGAACAUGACCGAGAACAAAACAAUGACGCUUCCUGCACAUGAUGAAGGAUUGAUUGCUUCGUUGGCUGUAUCGACAGUGACGGGUUUGGUUGCUUCAGCCAGUCAUGACAAGAUCAUUAAGCUUUGGAAGUAACGACAACGCCAUUGCUUCGAUUCGAUGCUGCAACCCCUUGUUUUUCACCCCCUUCUCCCUCCUCUUCCUGCAGUUGUAUGUUCAACUAAAAUUCCCUUUGCAGAGGCUGUUUUUGGUUUUUGGUGU